AGAAGCAGGAACAAAAACAGAGAAUAGUCGGGUGUUAUUAAGUGUCUGGUUGUUUGGACGAGCGUUUGCAUUCGGACGUUUUUUUUCCCCGAAAUUACUUAAACUCGUACUCCAUGCUUUGCUGAGCCGAAUUCAACAAAGACUACAGUUGUUCACAUCUGAUUCGUGACCUCAGUAAAACCGCAUUGUAUGCAACAAGACAUACAACAUGGAGAGCCAGAAUGAAGUCCAGAGGAACAUGGCUCUGUGCGUGUUACUCCAGCGUCUGGAAGAGAGGGCCUCUGAAGGUGUGAGGAUCCUAUCAGAGCAGGUGGAGUCAAACCAGCUGCUGAAGCUCCAGGUCCAUCAACUCCAGAAAAAUCUGGAGGACAAAGACCACUCACUAGCACAUGCUUGCCAGACUGUUGCUGCUUUGAAGACUGACCUGAGGUACCUCCAUCAGCAGCUGCAGAGCCACCAGAAUUGUCGCGGGACUAUUCAGGAAGUGACUGAGUGGCUGCAGGAUGGGGAGGCCAAUCCCAAUGUCAUGAGAGAAGAGGAUGAUCUUCUGAUGAGUGUCGUUAGGGUUAAAGAAGAAGAUGGUGACGAUGCUGAUGAAGGUCAUAUAUAUGGAAGUGAUCAUGAACAUCAUUGUGGUCGAGCUGUGCCCCCGACACAACAGAUCAUCUGCCCGUCAGCCGUCAUCAAAACUGAAGACCCCACAGAACAGUCCGUCUCCACGGCAUCAGACAACAAAUCUGAACUCCUGCAGGAGCAGGAUGGAGUAUUUGAAGCGACUCCAGUCCUAGGAUUUGAGAUGAUCAACUCUCCUCCAGAUCUGGUGUCUGUGGAAGAGCUGAAGAGGUUGCCCGUAACAUGUAUGUAG